AUGGGUUAUGUUUUGACCAUCGUAUUUUGUUUUCCUCUCUUCUAUCUCUUCUGUAUUCUCCUCAACUUUCUUGAAAAAAGAAGGCAUCAAAACUGUUACAUACUCGAUUACCAGCUCUACAAACCUUCCGAUGACAGGAAACUAAGCACUGAGUUUUCCGGCGACAUUAUCAAGAGGAACACGAACUUGGGUCUUAACGAGUAUAAGUUCCUUCUGAAAGCCAUCGUAAGUUCCGGCAUUGGAGAAGAAACCUACGCCCCAAAAAUGAUGUUUGAAGGACGUGAAGAAAACCCUACUCAUGAUGAUGCGAUCGACGAGAUGGAAGAGAUUUUCAUAGAUAGUAUCGGAAAACUCCUCGAGCGUACCGGCGUUCAGCCGGAUAGUAUCGAUGUUCUGGUGGUCAACGUCUCGAUGUUGACCUGCAUGCCGUCGUUAUCCGCCCGAAUCGUGAAUCGAUACAAAAUGAGACAUGAUGUGAAAACGUACAAUUUGUCCGGGAUGGGGUGUAGUGCGAGUUUAAUCUCGAUAAAUCUCGUUCAAAGUAUUUUUAAGUCGAAGAGAAAUCAAUUGGCGAUGGUGUUGACAUCGGAAUGUUUAACUCCGAACUGGUAUUCCGGUAACGACAGGUCCAUGUUCAAGCUCAAGGUUUUGGUUCGAACCCACCAUGGUUCUAAAGAUGAAGCUUAUGGUUGCUGUUUACAAACCGAAGAUGCUCAAGGUCGAGUCGGGUUUCACCUCGGUAAAACCCUACCAAAAACAGCCACCCGAGCCUUCGUCGAUAACCUAAAAGAAAUCGCACCAAAGAUCCUCCCACUCCGUGAACUUCUCCGUUUCGCCGCCCUAUCAUUUGCCCGGAAAACUCUCCAAAACAUCUUCGGAAAGUCAUUCUACGCGACUCGACCCAUGAUCAACUUCAAAACCGGCAUAGACCAUUUCUGUCUGCACACCGGAGGUAAAGCCGUGAUCGACGCCGUCGCUCAGAGCCUGAACCUCAGCCAAUUUGACAUAGAACCAGCACGUAUGACACUCCACCGGUUCGGAAACACGUCGGCGAGUAGUCUCUGGUAUGUUCUCGGCUACAUGGAGACGAAGAAGAGGCUGAAGAAAGGUGAUAAACUGUUCAUGAUCAGUUUCGGAGCCGGGUUCAAGUGCAACAGUUGCUUAUGGGAAGUGGUGCGAGAUCUUGAAGGUGAAGGGAAUGUAUGGAAAGACUGUAACAUCGAAAGCUACCCACCGCUGACCUUAGAGAACCCUUUCAUGGCGAAAUACGGUUGGCUUCACGACGUCGACGACAUCUCAACGCUCAACAUUCAAGAAUGA